AUGAAGCUGAAACCUGGAGUUGUUUUCAAUCAUAUAUAUCUUGACAGAAUUCAUAUUCUAAUGUCAGUCAGAAAUACCAAAGUGUUGUUAGAAUACUUUAAGAUUCUGGAUGUUCAUGAGAAAAGAACUUUAAAUGAUGUUCAGUUUUACCACUUUCUUCACCAUAUCACAGAUCUGUCCAAUUUCCAAAUAAUGUACGUUUUUGAUAUGUUUGAUUGGAAAGGUAACGGAGAAAUUGGCUUUGAAGAAUUUUACAUGUUGGUUGCAAUCAUAAUUGCUAACAAGGAUUGCAUAGAAAAGCAGUUUCUUUAUCGCCAUUCUCGCCCUAUUUUCGACCUCUUUGACAUUGAUGGAGGUCGCACCAUCUCCGUUGCAGAAUUUUGUGCUUCAGGAUUUCUCUUUAACAUGAAAGAACGAGCUUACCUCCAAUUGUUUCAGGAAUAUGCCGGAACUGGUGAUGAGCACUUAACCUACAAUGAAUUCAGGCUGUUUAUCCUGGCCUGUGUAGACAAACAUGAAAGUCUAACUGAUGAGAAAAGGAAGUUCCUGAAGAAACAACCGAAGAAAUUGAGUGACGUGUAUGGAUUCUAA